AUGUGGGGCUGGUUUGGAGGCGGCGCCGCCUCUCAGAAGAAGAAGGAUUCGGCCAAGAAUGCCAUCCUCGGCUUGCGGUCGCAGCUUGACAUGCUGCAGAAACGAGAGCGGCACAUCCAGAACCAGAUCGAGGAGCAGGAGGCCAUCGCCAGGAAGAACGUCAACACAAACAAGACAGUGGCCAAGGGCGCCCUGCGGCGCAAGAAGAUGGCAGAGGGCACGCUAGAUAAGACGAUUGCGCAGAUUACAACGCUCGAGCAGCAGAUCAACGCCAUGGAGUCUGCGAAUAUCAACCGCGAAACCUUGGCAGUGUUGGAGAAGUCAUCAGCAGCCAUCAAGGAUAUCCACCAAGGCCUGACACCGGAGAAGGUGGAUGCAAUCAUGGAUAAAAUUAAUGAACAGAAUGCGCUCAGCGAAGAAAUUGUCAGCGUAAUUACCAACAACACGAUUGGCGAGGCGGUUGACGAUGACGAGCUGGAGAGAGAGUUGGCGGAUCUGCAACAAGAGCAGGUCGAUGAGCAAAUGUUGAGCACAGGCAACGUGCCUCUGACAGACGCAGUCCACAAGUUGCCCACGCCAUCGCAUGCAGAGCCCAUAUCUAGCAGGAAAGUGGCCGUUGAGGAGGAUGACGAGGAAGCCGAGCUUCGGAAAUUGCAAGCCGAGAUGGCCAUGUGA